CCGCCUCACAUACCCACCCACCUUUCAAUCUCUCAAUCUCUCUCUCUCUCUUUCUCUAUUUUUUUUUGCUGUUUUCUCUAAGAAAGAGACUUUUAGUUUCACACUUUCAUGGGCUUCUUCGAGCUCUCCUCCUAUUCUUCCAAAUCUUCAGUCACAGCCCUCAAAUGGCUUGGCUUUGUCGCUGCCAUAUGGGUCCAAGCUAUCUCAGGCAACAACUACACCUUCUCAAACUACUCCGAUGCCUUAAAGUCCCUAAUGAACCUAACCCAACUUGAGCUCAACAAUCUCUCUGUGGCCAAAGAUGUGGGCAAGGCAUUUGGGCUUCUCGCUGGCUUUGCUUCUGACAAAUUGCCCACCUGGGUGAUCCUCCUUAUUGGCUCGGUCGAAGGCCUCGUUGGCUAUGGGGCUCAAUGGCUUGUUGUCAGUGAAACAAUUAAGCCUCUCUCUUAUUGGCAGAUGUGUAUAUUCUUGUGCAUGGGAGGAAACAGCACCACGUGGAUGAACACGGCAGUGUUGGUGACGUGUAUAAGGAACUUUCGGAGAAACAGAGGUCCGGUGUCCGGAAUUCUCAAGGGCUACGUGGGGCUCAGCACCGCCAUAUUCACCGACGUCUGCGCCGCCCUCUUCUCCGACGACGCCUCCUCCUUCCUCGUCAUGCUCGCCGUCGUUCCCUUCGCCGUCUGCCUCGUCGCCGCCGUGUUCCUCCGCGAGUCCCCUCCGGCGUCCACUAGCUCCGAGGAGAAGGAAGAGACGCAGUUCUUCUGGGUCUUCAACGCCGUCGCCGUCUUCGUCGCCGUUUACCUCUUGGCCUACGAUUUCAUCCCAAGUCCCAGCGCGGUUUUCUCCGAAGCCUUCUCCGCCAUUCUUAUGGUCCUCUUAGCUUCUCCGCUGGGAGUCCCGGUUUAUAUCUACUUCAAGAACCGGUCUCGACCGGGUUCAGAUGUUGAAGGGCAGGUGGGUGAAAACACUGAACCGUUGUUGGUGACGGCGGCGGCGGCAGCGGAGGGUGAGGAUACGGCUGAGGAAGUGGCGGUGGUUGAGGUGAAGAGAGGACAGCCGUUGAUCGGAGAGGAGCACACGAUUGUUGAGGUCUUGAAGACCAUUGAUUUCUGGGUUCUGUUCGUGUCGUUUUUGUGUGGAGUUGGGACUGGUUUGGCGGUGCAGAACAACAUGGGUCAGAUAGGAUUGGCGCUUGGGUACAGUGACGUUUCGAUAUUCGUUUCGCUUAUCAGUAUUUGGGGCUUUUUCGGGCGAAUCGUCUCGGGUACUGUUUCGGAGUACUUCAUCAAGAAAGCUGGAACACCAAGGCCUCUUUGGAAUGCGGCUGCUCAGAUUCUAAUGGUUUUUGGUUUCGUUAUUUUGGCCCUGGCUCUGCCUGGUUCCUUGUACAUUGGUUCAAUCUUAGUAGGAAUAUGCUAUGGGAUCCGAAUAGCCAUUAGUGUCCCAACAGCUUCUGAACUUUUUGGUCUAAAAUACUAUGGUCUCAUUUACAACAUUCUAAUCCUCAACCUUCCCCUUGGUUCCUUCCUCUUCUCUGGUCUACUUGCCGGCAUUUUAUACGACAUGGAGGCUACUCCCACUGCUGGAGGCGGCAAUACUUGUGUUGGAGCCCAUUGUUACAGGACAACCUUUGUGGUCAUGGCUGUUGCAUGCAUUAUUGGGUUUGGUCUAGACAUUUUAUUGUCUAUUAGAACCAAAGCUGUUUAUACCAAGAUUUAUACGAGCAAGAAAUCAAAGAAAUCCUCUGCACCAUCUAAUGGGCGAAGACAAAUACUAAAUUGAAGACAAACAGUAAAUUGAUUGAAGAUUGGGAGGACAAGAAUUAAAGGAUUGAUGAGCUUUAUGCUCUGUGAUAUCCUACAUUCAGCUUUGUUUGCUUGUCAUUUUUGUUAAGAGAGGCAUAUUGUAUUAGCUUAUCAUUUCAUAUAAGAUUAUAUGUUUUGAUAUGCAUCCCAACUUUGUACUUUUUAUUUCAUUUUGUAGAGCUUGCGUGUGCAAUUCUUUUUUCCUAAUUAGUAAAACUAGCAUGUAAACUAUGUGCUGGUACAAUUCUACGUACAAUAAGAUUUGAGAUUAUAUGUUUGGCUAUAGUAA